CUUCUUAAUGCUGAACCUUCGCCUUCAAUCCACGCAUGCACUAGUGUCCUCGCUCGUGCUCCGUUGGAUCUGUCUGUUUCAGACCCCUUUCUGCCCUCUGUGCGUCCGCGCAUGCGCACUACCACUGUCCGCGCUCGUGUGGGGCCCGUGAGGAUCCAGCGGGAGUGUUAGCUGUGUAAUGGCGGCUUCGGUGUUGCUCUCCACGGAAAGCGCCGUGCCUUCUUUUACCAUCGGCCAUCCCGCCGGAGUUACGGCGGCGGGAACUACCCAUCACGGAUUAUCCAAUGCUCCUGGACCCGCAUCCUGGAACCGCUCGCUGGAUCGGGCGCUGGACGAGGCGGCGGCCACUGGAGCGCUCAACCUGAGCGGCAGGAAGCUGAAGGAGUUCCCGAGGAGCGCCGCCGGACACGACCUGACCGACACCACCCGGGCCGAUCUGUCACGAAACAGGUUGACGGAGCUGCCGAUGGAGGUGUGCAUGUUUGUGUCACUGGAGAAUUUGAACCUGUACCAGAACUGCCUCCGUUCACUACCAGAGAGUCUGAUCAACCUACAGUCCCUCACCUACCUAAAUAUCAGUCGGAACCAGUUGUCCACUCUCCCCGCUCAUUUGUGCCGACUGCCGCUCAAAGUUCUGAUCGCCUGCAAUAACAAGCUGGUAUCACUGCCGGAGGAUCUGGGCAAACUCAGACAGCUCACUGAACUGGACGUCAGCUGUAAUGAGAUCCAGACACUUCCUCCACAGAUCGGUCAGCUGGAAGCUCUACGUGACCUCAACAUCCGCAGAAACCACCUCGUUCGCCUGCCUCCUGAGUUGGCUGAGCUCCCGUUGGUCCGGCUCGAUUUUUCCUGCAACAAGGUAACGACAAUCCCUGUAUGCUACCGCAAUCUCAGACACCUUCAGAGCAUCAUUCUGGACAACAAUCCUCUGCAGAGCCCACCUGCACAGAUCUGUAUAAAGGGAAAGAUCCAUAUAUUUAAAUAUCUGAACAUGGAGGCAUGUAAAGCAGCAUCAGACCUUCCAGACUACGACAGAAGACCACUGCCGUUCGGAUCCUGUGCAGAGGAUUUGUAUUCCGGUCGGCCGUAUGGAGCUCUGGACUCUGGGUUUAACAGUGUGGACAGCGGAGACAAGAGGUGGUCAGGAAAUGAGCCUUCAGACGAGUUGUCAGACUUGCCUUUGAGAGUGGCAGAAAUCACCAAAGAGCAAAGACAGAGACGAGAUCGAGAAAGAGAACGUGAGGAUCAUCGGACAGGGUCUCACAUCACCAAUGGCACAUUGGAAGCAGAGCUUGAACAGAUAGACUUCAUUGACAGCUGUACAGGGGAUGAUGAUGAGGAGGAUGGACGGAGCCGUAGAGGGACGGAUCCAGUCAGCCUCAGCUCUCAGUUUAUGGCCUACAUUGAAAGACGAAUCACCAGAGAGGGUUCACCUGUGAAGACUAGCCCAUCCAGAGACUUAAGAAAUGAUGACCCAAGACGCCAAACCUCCUUACAUAACCGUGGUGGGUCAGAUACGGCGGUCACGUCUUCAUACACUCAUAACCAGCGGUCUGCUGGUGUGGCGUCAGGUUCUGGUGGUGGUGUGGAGAGAAUAAGACGAGAAGCUCAGCUGGCGGCACUGCGGUACGAGGAAGAGAGACAUAAAACAAGAUCAGUGCAAAGAGAUGUGGUUAUGAAUUACGUCAAGCAUAAAUCAACUCCAAGCCCUACGAAGCUCAGUCCAACAGACAGUGAGAGUCUGUACCCCUCCAGACGGUCCACUCACACUGAUGACUCCGCCCUCUUCAUGAGUGAGUUUGAGCCUCUACUGAUAUUUGAGAUAGACACAGAUACCAACACUAUAAAGAAGAGGCCAGACCCUCACAAACAGUCUCUCUCUGCUGUGCCGCUGGAUGGGUGUGUGUCUCCCACUUUAUCCGUCGCCCCCUCCUGUACGCCGCAGCAAGGUGAAGAUUAUGCCUCGCUGUCACCCACUGCCCUUCAAUCACCCUCUUACCCCAGCCCUGCUGCCCCGUCUCCCUCCCGUGGCCCCAACCAGCGACCUGAGAGUUAUCUGUUCCGCCUGAGUCAGCGAGAGGAGAAAAAAAAAGGAGACACACAGAAGACGGAGCCAGUGGAAGCCACUCCCACACAGUCUCCAGCCCCAACGGGAGAGGAGGCGGUACUGAUAGAGCAGCUGAGGAGGAAUAUCGAGUGUCGACUCAAGGUGUCUUUACCCAGUGAUCUUGGGGCAGCUUUGACUGACGGGGUCGUGUUGUGCCAUCUGGCCAACCACGUGCGUCCCCGAUCCAUACCGAGCAUCCAUGUACCCUCACCGGCAGUGCCCAAACUGACAAUGGCCAAGUGUCGACGAAAUGUGGAGAACUUCCUAGAGGCGUGCCGCAGAAUUGGAGUUCCUCAGGAUAGUUUGUGUUCAGCGGGUGACGUGCUGAAAGGGGAGGUGGUUUGUGUGUUCAGGCUGGUCGAGGCCUUGCUCUCCCUGGCACCGCCUCCCCUUCACUCCGCCCCUUCUACCCAGCUGGCUGGAUUUGCCCUUUUCUACCUGUCAAUCAUGUCGCUGCUAUGUGUUCUCUACUGCCACCUGGUGCCAAGCCUUUAAAUCGCACUUACAUAUUGAUCACUGCACUAAAACAGCCAGUUGUUUGUUUGCGUGCAUAUGAACAGAUUUACACGAUAGCUAGUGUUUAUGCACAUGUUUAUAGUGUUUUCUAGUGCACAUAAUUGAUACUUCGCUAAGCUCUGACCCCUUUGUUGCUUUGUUGCUCGCUCAGGCAAGCUUUAUAAAAUAACGUUCAUGCAAAUUACGGUUACUCAAAGCGUACUCAUAAAGUAAUACAAAUUGAUUGCAUGGUACAAGUAGCCUAUUGUGAAAUGGACUGGAAAUAAUUGGGUUUUAUGCAAAAUAUUUGUGCAAUUUUCUUUUAAAUAAAUUAAAUGACCCUUCAAAAAAAUUGAGGUCUGUAAGAUUUUUAAUUUUUUUGAAAGAAAUCUCUUAUGCUCACCAAGGCUGCAUUUAUUUGAUCAAAUAUACAGUAAUAUUGUUACAAUAUUAUUACAGUUAUAAAGAACUGUUUUCUAUGUGAAUAUAUUUUAGUGAUGCAAAGCUGAAUUUUCAGCAUCAUUACUCCAUCAUUACUCCAGUCUUCAGUCACAUGAUCUCUCAGAAAUCAUUCAAAUAUGCUCAUUUGCUGCUCAAGAAACAUUUCUUAUAAUUAUCAAUGUUGAUUUGUGGAAUCAUAGUCAGGUUGUGGUAUCAAUAUUUUUGUGGAAAUCAUGAUACAUUUUUUUCAGGAUUCUUUGAUGAAUAGACAGCUCAAAAGAACAGCAUUUAUUUGAAAUAUUAUAAACAGUGUUGGGGAAGUUACUUUUAAAAGUAAUGUGCUACAAUAUUGCAUUACUCCCUAAAAAGUAACUAAUUGUGUUACUUUUUAUUGAAAGUAAUGUUACGUUACUUUUGCUGUACUUUUUCUCACCUGGGCAGGGCUUGCUUGUACAAAAGGAUUUAUUUUGGCAAAUAUAAUGGCCCUUUUACACUAAAAGUGAAAUGAAUAAGCCUCAGAUUAAAGGAAAUGCAAAUUCACACCUGUACAGUAGAGGGUGCAGCUCAAACAAACCUUUCAGCUGUGCUGACAUUCUGAAUAAAAAAAUAGGACACAGGAGAAGAAAGUUCAACACCUUAUACUUCAGCAAUAAAAAAAAUAAAAAUACACACGUGAUGUUAACUACAGUAUUUUUUGCUUAUUCGUAUGGUUGAAUUGGAUCAUUAAAGGUCAGCAGCAAAGACCUUGGUUGAGUGAGAUUAAAUACAUAAAGUAUAUCUGUGUUAUUUAACAUUUAAUUACUGCUGGUUUGUGUAAUAUUCUGAGUUUGCAUUUAAUUUUUAUUCAUUUUGAGAAAUACCAUACAUUUUUCUGCAAGUGAGAAGAGUAAAUUCAUGUUCACAUUUAGUCUAGAACUACAAUAACCAUCAUGUUACACAGCGCACACAACGCCUCUGCACUUAAGAUUUUUCUUAACAUGGUGACAGGAGAGAUAUCGGUGAAUAAGUUAGAAAACCAAGUAACUUGCGUUACUUACUUUAAAAAGUGACUUGGAUAUUUUGUUGUAAAUUUAAAUGUAAUGCAUUACUUUACUAGUUACUUGAAAAAAGUAAUCUGAUUACAUAACUCAAGUUACUUGUAAUGUGUAUAAAUGUCUUUACUGUCACUUUUGAUCAAUUUAAUGCAUCCUUUUAAAAAAAAAAUCUUACUGACACCAAAUUUUUGAACAGUAGUGUACAUUAUCGCAGUUAUCUGAAGACAAAUGCCUCAUUUUAUAGUUGAUGAAUGGCAAUAGUUGCUAAGGUUUGGUCAGUGACGUUCUAAGGCGGGGCUUAGCGAAGAGUCAGUUGAGUGUUUAUAUGCGUGUCUGUGUGUAGAGAGAGCACAUUUCCAUAGCAAAAAUCAAAGCUUCAUCAAAAAGCACAAAGAUGGGUGGAUUCCCCCAUUCAGCCUUAAACAAGACGACAAAACAAGCUGCCUGCUCUGUGAACGAGCCCUUUGUGUGUUAGUACUGCUGCACAUUUUCCCAAAGUCCCAAAUGGAUGAGUGUUUUGUGUUUCUGUGAGGUUUUUCGUGAAUGAACUCUCCCUGACGUUCUUGAAAGAAGGAAAUAAGACAUUGUGGAGGAAGCCAAACCAUUAACUCCCCGUUUUAUCCCUUUGUGCCUUACUGUGUGUAUGUCCAUGUCUUCCACCUCACAGUUAACACAAUAGUUCGCCAAAAAUAAAAUUUACUCACACUCAUGUCCUUCCAAACCUGUAUGAGUUGCUUUCUACAAUAAAGCACAGAAGGAGAAAGUUUGCAUACUGUCUGAGCUGCUCUUUUCCAUACAAAUAAAGUGAAUAGGGACGGGAGCCUUCAAGAACCAAAAAUAGCAAAGCAGAAAGCACCAUAGUACAUCCUACCUACUUGCAUAUUAAAAGGAUCUUUCACUUAAAAAUGAAAAUUAAGUCAUUAUUUACUCACCUUGGUGUUAUUCUAAUGCCGUAUGCCACAAAUGGUGAUUUCAAAAAUAUCCUUAUAAUGGCACUGAAUAGCGAUCAGAACCAAGCUUUUAAAAAAAAAAAAAAAAAAGAUGCAAAAGUAUCUCAGAAUGAUCCCAUGCAAAGUUGUAUAUUCCAAAAAGCACACAAGUUGUAAGAAAUUAAUAAAAAUGUGGCAAAAAAAACAAUUCAUGUACUUUUGGUGUAUGUACUUGUACUCUCUGUGGUGAAUAUAUCUGUUGUAUAUCACAACAAGAAGUUAUUGCGUUCACAUCUGUCAGCUGUCAUUCUGACAGUCAUCUGACAACCGAGUUCUGGUCUGAAGAUAUUUACCUCAGUGAAGAAAGUACACAUUUAUUUGGGGGAUUUUUAGGAGUAGUAUGUCAUGUUGUGUUUUUAUUUACCUUGAGUUCUCACAACUUGUGUGCUUUUCCUGGGUGAGUCUGCGUGAACUGCGGCGCUAGUAGUCACGUGCAGUCGUACACAGAAGAUCAGCGGCCAAGGUCAGGAUUUUCUUUAAAUAAUACAUUAAAUUUCAUUUUGUUUUCCACCAAGCCCUAUCAUAUACCCCCCGGGCACUUGGAAUAUAUGGCAUGUGUCCCGUGGGACCAUUCUGUGAUACUUUUGCAUCUUUUUUAAAGCUUGAUGCUGGUCUCUAUUCACUGCCAUUAUAUGGACAAGCACAAGCAGGACAUUUUUAAAAAAAAAUCUUUUUGUGGUCUGAAAAUGAAAGAAGGGCAUAUGGCAUUUGAACAACACCAGGGUGAGUAAAUGAUGACUUAAAUUUCAUUUUUAAGUUCUUUUUGUAGCCUGACAGUCCCUGAACUCAUUUAUUUACAUUCAUGAACAAUAAAUACAUUUGGAGUAAUUUGUGUGUAAAAUGGACCUUUCCAAAAACUCUCCUCCGGAUUCACAAAUGCUUCGGAAAACCUCAGAUUUUAUAGUUAAUCGUGCGUGUUAAUGAAUUCCAAUCAUUUGUAACUAGGGUGCUAAUUCACAAUUAGCAUAAUCCCGCCCACAAAUGACAGAUAAGUAAAUUGCGUGUACUGGAACGCUGUGGGAACUUCUGCACUCCCUUCUCAGGUUUGGCUCCAGUAUAUUACAUAAAUGCAAAAGGAAUUAAUUGGCCAUAUGCCUGUAAAAAUUAAAUUUAAAUGUUCUUGCAGACAAACGCUACUGGUGCACAGAAUCACUGUAAUAUAACACAAAGCAAAAUGGACUAUGUCGCAGUUUUCAAUCAUUUUUUUUUAAUCAAAUUUAUUUUUACAUGUGGUUAAUUGGUUAAGUUUUUUUUUUUUUGUAAUAUGUAAUAAUAAUUUGUAUUAUUAUUAUUAUUAUUAUUAUUAUGGCAAAUGGUGUUGUCAAAUCGGUGUAAUCAGUUUGCAAAAAUAAAUAUAAAAGUAUAAUCUUUUUGUAUGAAUACAAACACUUUCAUGAAUCCGAAAGAAGGUCUUUUCUCAAAAAUGAAUUAUGCUCAUGUUUCAAUGAAUGGCCUCACAUUACGUGGAAAAAAGCAGCAACAACUUUGUUUAACAUCUCCUUUUGUGCAGAAAAUAAAUCAUACAUUUGUAGUGACUUAGGUUGUGUAAAUAAUGUCAGAAUUGUAAUUUUUGGCUGAACUAACCCUUUAAAUUGCUAGAAAACAUCUCGCUAACCGCUCUCAAAACACUACAUUAUCAAAGCAUGUUGUCAGUCUUGCACCAGAACCCAGUUUACUCAAAUAACAGUCCUUAUCAACCAGUAUACCUGUUGUUAAUUAAUAUACAGUGUAAUAUAUUCCUAACACACAUAGGAAAUACAACACCGGUCACAUAGUGUGUGUGAGCGUUUGUGUCUGUCAGAUUUGUGUGCCAUAUUGCCUGAUUUUCCUACAGUCUGACUGUUGUCGUCCUCUGCUUUUCUACAAUAAAAUCUAAACUCAA